AUGACAAUACCAGGUAAGAUAGAAAGCAAGGAGGAGUGCACCAGCAAUGAGGCACAUGUGAUUGGGCUGAGCUCGCUUGGGCCUCCUGGUGCAAGGCUUCCCGCCUCACACACGUCCUUCUAUCGUUCCAAGCUCAAGCAAACAAUUUUGUCAAGUCUUGACAAGCAUUUGACCACGGACCCGUUAAGCCUCACGGCAAGCGCCAUUGCUAUAUUGCAAAUUAGUGGUGCCAUCAUCAAUGCUUUAUACGAUUAUCGCAGCCGCUCGAAGAACGCAGCAAAAGAUGCCAGUCGUAUCAUCAACGAAUUGAAUAGUCUACGUACUGGGAUUGAUUCCAUUUUUCUACUUUUGGAAGCUGGUGGAGAAGAAAAGACUUCCCGGGGAUCGGCCUUGGGAAAACUUGCAGAGGCUGGUGGUCCUCUGGAAAGGCGCGAGGUGUGCUUGAACAACUUGGCCCAAAAGUUGGGGCCGAAAGAUGGCUGGAAGGCUGCAAGAGUGGCAAUUUUUCGGCCAUUGAAAGAACAAGAGAUGAUUAAGAUACUUCAAGAUCUCAACAGCACCAAGACUACAACUCAACUUGCUCUUGCAGCGGAUCAAAUGUAG